AUGCAGGUUCUCCGGGUCUUCGCAGUCGGGGCAACCUGCGCGUUCAUGCUGACUGUUGACGCGGCUAGAGCGCAAAAGCACCCGCUCAAUGGCGCCGCAUCGGACAUCGCGUCGUUCAUUUCCGACUACUCGAAUGGGGCGGGUACGUUUGUCUACGGAGUGAGCUACGGCACUGUGUUGGUGGGGCGACUCAUGCACCUACAGCCAGCCACUGUGAAGGGCUACAUUCCCGACGGUAUCGCAACGUCGGCUGGGGCACCACCAGGCAAGUUUGGCAAGUUCUUCUCCAAGUGGGAAGUGGAGUACGGUGAGUUCGAUAAUGAUCGUAACUCAAGUUGUGCCACAUUGGUGGGUGGUGGGGUCACGAGCACCCCGCCGUCCUACAUACUGCGGUCAACGUUGGGUAACUUUUUGGCAAACAGUGAUACUCAGACGCUGAUCCCGCCACUUGUGUACAGACUAAACCGUUGCGACGCGAACGACGUUAAAGUUUUGACGCAGUUUUUCAAGUUUUUGGAGUCCUCCCCCUCGUCCGACGUCAUGGACGAUCUGAAGUUCUCGAGCCUCCAGUACUACCUCACCGUAUUCUCGGAGAUGUGGGAGACACCUGCACCUUCCCAAGCCCAGAUCGAAGCGCGCUUUGCCAGCAUGAGCAUAACCACGGGAAAUUCUUACGACCAAACGGCGGGGAGCAAGGCUGCAACUCUCCCGAGCGACGUCAGUGUGCUGCUUCUAAGCGGCAAGUUGGGCCCUCAGACCCUGCAUAAGUAUGCGGAAUACCUGCUCGCAGCACUUCAGACCAGCAAAAAGGAGCUGGUUACCUUUAACUACUCGACCCACGACACGGUGAACUCGACUCCGCUAAACGACACCAGUGACCCCGGUCUGACCUGCGGCAUGAAGGUGUUGACGUCGUACAUCAGCAACUCUGGUGACUUGCAGCAUCUUGACAUGUCGUGCGUUAAUCAGAUGCCCUCGUUCAACCUCACGGUGCCGUCGAACCACCUGCAAGAUUUCUUCAGCACGGAUGAAGCCUACGAUGGCACCUUCCAAGUGGGGUUGAGCGCCAAUUAG